CCCGCCGGGGCUGGUCGGCACGCAAGCGCCGUCUCCUCUGCGGCUGGGGCCGAGCCUCGCCGCCAUCAUGGCCGCCUCCCGGGACAAGUACUCGGUGCUGCUGCCCACCUACAACGAGCGGGAGAAUCUGCCGCUUAUUGUGUGGCUGCUGAUGCGGAGCUUCGAGCAGAGUGGCAACGACUUUGAAAUUAUAGUCAUAGAUGAUGGAAGUCCAGAUGGGACACAGGAAAUUGCUGAACAACUGAUAAAGAUUUAUGGAUCAGACAAAAUUCUUUUAAGACCCAGAGCAAAAAAACUGGGAUUGGGAACUGCUUAUGUUCAUGGAAUGAAGCAUGCUACAGGAAACUUCAUUAUUAUUAUGGAUGCUGACCUUUCACACCAUCCAAAAUUCAUUCCAGAAUUUAUCAGAAGACAGAAAGAAGGUAACUUUGACAUUGUGUCUGGAACUCGGUAUAAAGGAAAUGGAGGUGUUCAUGGGUGGGAUGUAAAACGGAAGUUAAUCAGCCGUGGUGCCAACUUCUUAACUCAGAUUCUCCUGAGGCCAGGUGCGUCAGACUUGACAGGAAGUUUCAGGUUAUACAAAAAAGAGGUUUUACAGAAGCUAAUUGAGAAGUGUGUUUCAAAAGGAUAUGUUUUCCAGAUGGAAAUGAUUGUUCGGGCUAGACAACUGGGCUACUCAAUUGGAGAGGUUCCUAUAUCAUUUGUGGAUCGAGUCUAUGGAGAAUCUAAAUUAGGAGGCAAUGAGAUAGUCUCCUUCCUAAAAGGGCUGUUGACUUUAUUUGCAACGACAUGAGAAAUUGUUUCUGCAUUCAUCAUACUUUGGACUGAAACAUUAUUUUUACAUUAUCUGGGAGAACCUUGCUUAAGUUCUGUUAUGGUUAGGAAAUUCAUUUUAAUUUGAAGUAAAACAAGGACCACACACAUAAUCCAGUAAACAUUAUUUAUUAACAUUGGAAAAAAUACCGCCAUGUAUGUUUUGUGUUUAAAUAAAUAGGCUCGCUCCAGUUAUAUGGUGUAUUAAAUAUUUUGGGGGAAUAUGUCCCUUUGCUUCUGCAUGGGGAGGGUUAUUUGCAUAAAUAAGAUUGUCAUCAUGUAUAGAAAUAUGCAGAGAGUUGUAUCCUGCCAUUCUUUUGAGCUCACGGCAGUGCGCUCCUCCAGAAAAAGGUACUGCUGUUAACUAAGUGGGAUGGCAGGAUACAACAUGUGUUCAAAAUUUGGUUUGUUCUGACAAUAUCUUUUGUAUAUUUUUUAUUUUUUCUGUCUGUGGCCAUCAUCCUGAGCAUAAAACCUGGCAUCAUUGUAUCUUAUAAUAAUAAUAAUGAUAAAACAUCUAGGUUUACGGCUCUGUAGUGGUGGAGUGUUUGGCUUGCAUCCAGCAGUGCAAAAGCAGAAAUGUACAUGGACUUAGUGCAGUUCUUCUUGUGCAAGUUCUUUUGCAACACCUAGCGCUUUCUCUCCCUAUACAUGAUAAUGCUUCAAAAUUGGUUGCACAAGAUGUUGUGCAAGUGAAAAUGCAAUUGGGGAUACAUUGUUUGGCUGUGGAUAAGCCGCUACUGUGGUCUUUUUUUUCUCAAAUUACCUCCUGUGCAAGAGUAAAAGAGGAAAUUUUGUGCUACAUUCAACCCUUUGUAUGCCCCACUGUAACAUUUUUUUUUUUGGUGUAUCAAACUUUCAGUCCCCUUCUUUAACACCACUUUUGAAAGAUAAUUUCUGUUUCAGGAAUUGCACUGGAAAUGUAAUGACUGACUGAUGGUAAUAUUCAUAUAGAAGUCUCUAAGGCAAGACACUGGAAGCAUUUUGUUAAGAACACAUGUACAAAGCCCAUUUGUAUAGGCAUAUUUGUACGUAAUAUUUUUGUAACUAAAUACAGCAGUUCAUACUUCA